GCGUGCGCAGAUUUGGCCCCUGUUGGCUGUCUUAUAACCGGAAGUAGCAAUACUAUUGCGUUUCUCAUUGGACAUGUCUUGCUUUGUUGAUAAAAGAGUUACUCAAAUAUACCUAUCUUGACUGAUGAUCUGAUGCAUCCGCCGGUCGUUGCAGGUCUUUCUGGUCUGUGUCGGGUCACCGAAAAUCUUUACGUGAGUAACGGCAGAGCAGCGAGUCGCGCCUCUCUGGUGAGCGCCAACAAAAUAACAUGCAUCGUAAACGUAACGGAGACCAAAUGCAGCAGUGCCACUCUUCACGGUGUGGAGUACCUCCACAUUCCCUUGUCUGACACACCAUCCACCCCACUUGGGGACCAUUUCGACGAGGUGGCGGAUAAAAUACAACACGUAGCACAGAGCGGUGGUCGCACGUUGGUGCAUUGCACCGCCGGGGUGAGCCGCUCAACUGCCCUCUGCAUGGCUUUUCUCGUCAAGCACCAUGGUGUGACACUGAUGGAGGCUCACGCUCAGGUCAAGACAUGUCGGCCCAUGACGAGGCCCAAUAAUGGUUUUUGGAAGCAACUAAUCCAGUAUGAGGCGAAGCUUCGUGGGUCCACGUCUGUCCGGAUUGUGUCGUCUUCCAUGGGAGAGAUACCUGAUGUGUAUGAAGAUGCGGCCAGAAAUAUGAUGCCACUCUGACAUCCUGCUGCUUCUCGUGCGUGGGAGACUUUUCCGUUUAAUAAAUCAGUAAAUGAUAAUAUACCGUGUGCUCAUUAUAAACGUCAUUAUCUGCAUUUCAGUUACAAUUCACAACAACUUCAGAGCUACAUUAAAACGUGCUUUGAAAAAUGUGUUCGUUUUUAAUUGACACUAUCGGAUACAAUUUAACAUGAUGUGUUAUGCACUGUUUUGUUUUUGCGAAGUUGUUCAACAUGUUGUGCAAAAUUGUGUCAAGUGUUGUCAAUCUCUAGCGGAAAUAACCACGACCUACCUUAUGAUCAUGCUUUCAUGUAUAUGAUGUGGGGGACAGGGGGAAAACGCCAUCACACCUUUAAAGAUCAUCAAAACAUUUAUUGUGGACAGCAGGAUAUUCCAAAUAGUUUAGCCUGGUAUAUUGAAAUGAUAGCUUCACAGAAACGGACAGGUUUUACGUUUCUUUGUUGCUAAUGACCACUGCCAUUUGUAAAUGGUGUUCCUUUCAAUAAAAUAAUGUCAAACUGAAUAUAACACAGUGAACCCAUUUUCCACACCCAAAUCGAAAAUAAGAUUAUCUUUUGUAUUCUUUAUCCCCCAUUAUUCAUACACCUCUCCUCCCCCAAAGUGCCACCAACUUUUAAGGAACGUAUCUGUUGAUCAUUUUCCUUGUGAAAAUAAAUCAGUUCAAUUUUGACUUAAAGCAAGUCAGAGAAUAUCGGGAGAAAAGCUGUGCAAUUUACAAGAGGAUAGUCUGUAAACAUAAUCCAAUACAGAAGCAAUUCAAACAUUUCAGGAACUAGCGACCUUACCUCCUCUUUCUUUACAAAUUUACAUAUGUGGUGAUCAACGGAAUAGUGGUUAAUCAUCAUCCAAUACAGAACCAAUUCAAACAUUUAAGGAACUGCAGUAAAAUCAUGUGAAUAUUCUCAAUAUUAUAUGAGAAUAUUUAUCAGUGGGGGGUUAAUAAAAGAACAAUUUAAAGGCAUUUCCAAAGUUACCAAUUGAAAAUAAAAGUAUAGAACUUUAAAAAAAAUCUAAUAUUUAUAGGGCGCAGAGUGUAUAAGAACAAUUUUUUGGGGGAAAACAUGUUAAAAAUACCUUCGUCAUACGUCUGGGGAAAGAGCAUAAUUUUUAACCUGGAUUUAAAAGCAGUAACACUUUGUUGGGAUUAAAAAAAAAAAAUCUUUAUUCAUUCAUAUCAUUCACUUGGAUAAGAAGUUAUACCAGCAAAUAGGGGGAACAGAAUUAUAGACAAGGAGAAAAAAACAUUUUUUAAUUAAAGGGUGAUUGUGAGGGGAUGUGGGGCAUAUUAUACACAUGGGCAUUAUCCCCGGGAUUUUAGAGUAUCCACCUUGCUUCCUCUCUCAUGACCGACUUCAAUAUUAACUAUAUUUAUUUAAAAAAACAAGGAGCAGCGCAUCAACUCUCACGAACAAAGUAACUACAUUUAUCAGUUAUUAAACAUUUUCAUUCAGUAAAACAUUGCAUUUAGGGGUCUUUUUAU